GAACAAAGUGAUUCUCAUGUUAACGAAGAAGAAGGGGAAAGACAGAAACAACUGGGAAAUAACAAGCAGGAGGCAUUAAAACCAUCACAAGAAGCUAAACCAGGUGAAGCUUCUUCUGUACAAGAAUCUGGAUCACACCCAAAUAGAAAGCCAUUAAGCGACCACACAUCUCCAUCACAAACAGAAUCCACUGAUUCACAAAACACAGAGAACACAAACACAACAACGUCAGGAACUGCUGAAGGGCAAGAACCAUCAUCCACUGGCACAACUCCUAAUACAGGUGACACUUCACACAGCAGUUCGGCCACAGCUGAUGCUCAAAAUAAUCCGACUGAUAAUGAAACUAAUGUUGCUGCGAACCCUGCAGAGAGUGAAACAACCCGUAAUGAGCAAUCCACCACCACCACCACCACAACAACAACACUUCCUCCUGAACUCACAAACAACAAGAAGGGUGAUGCAGACAGCAGCAGCAGUAUCAGCAGUUCUGUGUGGGUGCGUGUGCCACUACUGAUUGUGGUUACACUGGCCUGUAUUCUUGUGUACUAA